UUUCGCAAGUUUGUCACUUCUGCUUUGAGUUGUUUCAUUGUUCAGUUAUUGCGCCAUAUCUUUGAAAAACAGUUUGGAUCUAUAUAAAUCAGUAUAUCGUCUUCAGAAAUGAUCAAUUGUCAAUUUUAUCUACUUAUUCUCGUUGAUAAAUUUGUGCAAAAUGGUUUCUAUUGAAGAAGAAUUGAAUAAUAUUGAACAAGAUUGGGAAGUGAGAUAUCUUGAAGAAACUUCUCAAGAUCUUCGCUACGUAGUUGAGUUGCUCAAUAAAGAAGUCAGUUUAAAGGUUUACAUUCCAGAUAAUUAUCCUGACACUGUACUACGUAUUGAAUUUGGUGAAAAAGAAAUGAAGGGACUUGAUGUAAAUAUGCAACAAAACAUUCUGAAAUCAUUAGAUCAGAGAAUGAUGAAUAAAAUAGGAGAACCAAUGUUAAAAUUUAUAGUAGACGAAAUUUGGUAUCAAGUUAAAGUUUUGUCCGCACAUCGUCAACAGAAAAACUUGACCCAACAGAUGACAGAGAAUAUGAAACCUCAAAAGAAAAAAAAACUUAAUCGAAAACGUGCCAAAAUGGCGGCACGAUUUGGACUAGUUGGUGGAAUGCAACACAGACCAACUUUGGCAAAUGUUGUUCAACAAUCUGUUGUUCCUGUCUCAACAAAGGAAAACAUUACUAAGGUAGUGAAAGAGCCUGUUGUUAGCAACGAUGUAAAAAGUUCUUCAAAGAAAAAUCACGGUGAAGCACCCGAUCUUUUUGUUAACAAUGAUGUGAAAAAUUCUUCAAAGAAAAAUCAUGGUAAAGCACCACCAAUGAAAACUGCUAGAGAUGUUAUUAAUCGUCUCAAAUGGGAUGAACAAUUGAAGAAUGAAGAGUUUAUAGUUGGCUAUGAAGAUCGUUUCAGAGGAAUACUUGAGGUCCCUGUAUUUGACUUGAAUUGGCAAGAUGAUAUUUCAGCUACUGGUCCUGCUGUUCAACUAACAAUACCUGAACACAGAGUUCAAUAUUUUAAAUGGAAUUCAGAAGUUAUUUGGAAAAAAGAAAACAGGACUGAUUUUGUAUUUGGAUCAACUGGAAGCAAUAUUGGAAUUGUUGAUUUUAUGGAAAGAUCCAAGCAAAGGUUAAAAAUUGCAAGCAACACUUCAGAAGUCGAAGAUUCCGAUGCGAAGAAUAUAUGUGAUGACACAAUUGAUUGUGAUGCAGAUAAUGUUCAAAACUCAACGCCGGAUGAAGUCGAAAUCGCUGCAAAAAAAAUUGUGGAGGAUUUGCUUUCUGGAAUUGAAAAGCUCAACAUUUAUUCCUCAGAUUCAGCUGAUGAUCCUAAGAAAAGGAGUGAGCAAAAUGUUGAAAUCGAAUUGCCUGUUGAAUCCACAGAUACUGGAACUGAUCCUGGAGUAAGAGAAGUUCCAAAUGGUAAUUAUCAUAACAAGCAUUCGUCUAGAGCAAACUCUUCUUUUUCUUAUCGAAAUGAAAGAUCAUCAAGAGAACAUCAUGAACAUGGACCUCGGAGAUCUCGAGACCGUAGUCCUGAUUCAGAAAGACGACGAAAUGAACGAGAUAGAAGUGAAAACAGGAACAAGAGAGAAGGGUCUUCCCGAGCCAAUGAACCCUUCAGGUGCAGUAUAUUCACUUCCAGACUUCAAAAGCGUGAAUCAAAUUGUGUGUGGGCGAUUCAGAAACAAAUGCAUCAACAUAUUCUCGUUCCCCAACAUUUAAAUGUUAAUCUUGCGACUUGCUACUUAACUGGAAUGGAAUUAAAAAGGCUGAAAGAGGUUCUGAGAGAUUUCUCCAAAAAAAUGCGAUCUUUAAAGCUGGAGUUUACUGACGCAACUCAAAUAGAUAAUGACAUUGUUUGCCAAAUCAAACGAACUGAUUCAUUAGAUGAAUUUUUUGAAAUAUUAAAAGAACAAAUGCAACCUUGUCAAUUGAACAUCUUUCCUCAUGUCAAAAUAGCAAAGAUACAGGAAUCAUUUCAUGAAGACAUCAGUCUAUUGAAGUGCAGUCCCUUCACGCAUACUUUGAAAUUUGUAAAUAUUGGGAAAGAUUUUCCGUUAAAUUACCAUCAAAUUUCAAGAAAUUUUCAACAAGAAUCUAUGCAUGGAUAUUCGUCCCACAAACGAAAAAUGGGGAAUGAAUUUGAACAAUAUCAAUAUGAACAUCCUGCACAAAAACAAAGACUUGCAAAUCAUUGGGAAAAAGAUAAACGUUGGGAAAGAAGCAUCAGUAUGAAGUUGACUACGAUUCUUCGUCACAAUGGCUUGGGUUUUAAAAUUGAUGAAGACGGAUUUCUUGAAGUCAAUCGUAUUUUAAGUCACCAAUUUUUCAAAAACAAUCAAGUAUUGGAAAAUGAUAUUAUAAAAAUUGUGAAUGAAAAUGAUAAACAAAGAUUUAAGCUGGAAGGAGAAAAGGGACAUUUGAAAAUUCGGGCAACUCAAGGCCAUACUGUGGAAUUUUCCAAAGAAGAAGAUCAUUUGAAAGAAAUAACAGAUUCAUCAAAAUUUCCUGUUGUUGUUCAUGGAACUUCUUUAGAACUUUGGCCUGUUAUAAAAGAUACAGGAUUGAAAAGAAUGAAGAGAAACCAUAUUCAUAUGACAACUGCUGAACCACAUACUAGUGAACAGGUUAUAAGUGGAAUGAGGAAUUCAAGCAAUUGUUUCAUCUAUAUAGACAUAGGGAGAGCAAUGGAAGAUGGUGUAAAAUUUUAUUGUUCUGAUAAUGGAGUUAUAUUAAGCAAAGGCACAGAUGGUGUUUUGCUUCCAAUUUAUUUCAAGGAAGUUUAUGGAAUUCUUUACGGAAAAAGAGAAAUACUUUAUCCUCUCACUGAAUCAAUUGCCGGCCCAGAGUUGAAAAAAGACAGAAGUGUUGAGUCUAAAUCCACUUCAAGACAUAGGAAUUCGAGAUAUAAAGAAUAAAGCAUGGUUCUUGAUGAUGAAGUUGUGUUAAUUUGUAUAACAGGAAAAUAUAUGAAUGCUUUGUUGACUUUUUAUCCUGCCUUUUCUUCAUUUACAUCUGGGUUAACUUUUACCUAAAUUUUUAUAGCAAUGGUGUGUUUUUGAAAUGAUUCUUUGAUUUUUCCACUAUCUGAAUUCGAAAUCAUGGUGUACAAUCAAAUUUUAGAUUUAUUUUAUUAGGUUACGAUUUUGUCCGAUUUAUUAUCGUAUUUUAAAUUGAAUACAUUUUUCCAUGUCCUAUUAAUCAAUGAAUGGAUACACUGUAGACAUAGUUUUAGAAUUUAGAUGAUAUUUCUUUCUCUUAAUUAUAGCAUGUUCCAUAUUCAGA